CUCGAGAGGCUCCAUCCGACUGCCAAACACAACCCCCCCCAGCAAUGUUACAACCCAGACUGCUGGCCCCGUUCCGGGUGCUGGAGAGGGCAAUUGCCCCUUCUCUCCGUGCUGCUCAGCCCAUCUCUCGCCCUUCGUCCUCCAUCCUCCCUCGAACCGUCCCCGCUCCGACACCUUUCUCCAACUUCCUCCUCCCUCUGUCUCACGUCCGUCAUGCCUCCCACGCCUCCCAGGGAACGGCGAACCGUCACUCCCGUGAUCCGGCCGGAAAACGCCUGGGCGCGAAGCGCACCGGAGGCGAAUACGUGGUCCCCGGCUGCAUCAUCUUCCGGCAGCGCGGAACGAAAUGGUUUGCCGGCGAGAACUGCGCCAUUGGCAGAGACCACACCAUCUACGCCACCGAGGCAGGCUAUGUGCGCUACUACCUCGACCCCGAGCGACACUCGGAGCGCAAGUACAUCGGAGUGUGCUUCGAGAAGGACGGGAAGCUACCGACGCCCCGAAACGCCCCGACCCGACGGAAGUUGAACCGGGUUGCGAUUGCCCGCACGCCAGAUGUCCUUCCCGAGCCUCAGUCGGAUCUGGUGGCGACUGGAGAGACCGGCACCGUGGUCGCGAGUGUGCCAGCGGCGGACGCGGAGACUGGCGCCCAGCUGCGUCCGGGGUACAUGUACCGUCAGGCCAAUUGGCAGAUUGGUCGCGCGGCCGAGAAGGCCGGCAUCACGGCCAAGCCGUACAACCGUGAUAACCGCUGGAUGGCGUGGAGGAAGAGACAGGCUCGGGCCCAGCGUGCUGCCCAGAUGAAGAGUCUGAAGAACAAGAAGAAGGCGUCGAAGAAGGGCAAGGGUGGCCGUUAACCGGUGAUGCAUGUCUCGACCUCUUGUCCCUCUCCGCCUCUCCUACUGUCAUUUUAAUCUACGACACAUGCAUUUGACUGCGCCACACAAUAACGGAUCCCUGAGUGUUUUCUUUUUUUGUAAUAUAGAAAGAUGUCUGCAAUUAUCAAGCUGUUUUCCCCAUGUACGAAUGCGCC